CGCACAUACUCAUGCAGCUUUCACUUCUCUCCUUCUUCGCGCUGCUCGCAGCGGUGUCGACGGCAUGCGCAGGCGCACCGCUCGACCGCCGCCAUCCGCCCGAGCAAAAGCCACCGCCGAAGAACCUGCCAGGCCCACCCGACGGUCUGCCCGCGCCUACGACGACAGACACGCGCGACGGCCCACCAGCACCGGCCAGCUCUGCCUCGUCAGUGCGCAAGAUGAUGACGUCGGUCAGCAGCAACGGCAGCUACUGGUUCGUCGACGCCAAGGCAGGCGAGCAUCAUGCGAAGAUCCUCGUCGACAGCGGCAGCGGCGACACGGUCCUCAACGCCGGCGUGUACCGGCCUACGCGCUUCGGCCUCAACCUCAAUGAGACCUUCGUCAAUAGCUACAUCUCGACCACGGCCGACGGCGGCGGCGUGCAGAACUUCACGGGCAACGUCUACAAGGACUCAGUCUGCAUCGACCACCUCAAGACGGCAAAGCAGCCCCUCGGUGUGCUGGACACCUCAUCGGCGCAGUACCCGGGCCAAGGCAUCAUCGGCUUCAUCCCGAGCGAGAACAUCACGACGCAGCCGUUUGGCUAUUUUGACACGCUCUGCGGCCUCGGCGAGCUCGAGGCGUGUACGUUCGGACUUGCUUUCAAGCCUGACAACAGCGGCACGCUCGCCGUCGGCCAUGCGCCUGGCAGCACCGGUCUCGGUCAGGGCACGCCCGUCACCCUCGGCGGCGGGAGCAGCGACGCUGAUGCAGGCUUCCUCGAGCCGUCUGAAGGCUGGGUCGUGCAGAACGCCGCCUCGCUCGUCAAGACGACCAUCAACGGCCGGCCGAUGAACUCGACGACGGUGCGCGUCUUCUACCCCGACAGCGGCACGUCCGUGACGCUGACGACGCGCGAGGAAGCCCGCUACUUCUUCCAGGAGGCCGGCAUGCGCAUCCAGGAGCUGCCCGAACAAGGCCGCGUGCAGGGCUUCUACGACUGCGCGAACCCGCCAAAGCUCGGCUUCAGCAUCAAGGGCCAGCUCUUCGAGUACGACGCAUGCACCGUCGCGUACUACUCGCCACAGUCGGGCUGCCCCACGCAGACCGGCAAGCGCUCCGACGAUGCCGGACCGCCCACUCUGCCGCUGAGAUUCUCGGCUGGCCCGCGGAUCUACGAUGCGCAGAGCAGCUUCACUGGCGACAUGCUGCAGAAGGCCGUUGACUGGAUCCAGCAGCAGCCGAGGCAAGAGACGCAGCAGUGCCUGUCUUCCAUCUUCGGCGAUGCCAGCGUCGAGACGCCACGGGGCAAGGUGUGGCUCGUCGGGCAAAACUGGAUGCGCGGCAAGUACCUUGAGCACGACUACGAGGCUCGGACCCUGAGCGUCUCGCCGCUCGCCGACGCCAAGCCGCCACCGCACCACGACCUCUAGCGAUACCCCAUCUGCGUCUCCCACUGCAGCGCACGUCGAAUCACAUCGCAUUUCAUCG